AUGGGGAAGAGAGUGGCCAUCGUCGGAGCUGGUGUCAGUGGCUUGGCCUCCAUCCGGUGCUGCCUGGAAGAGGGGCUGGAACCCACCUGCUUUGAGAGGAGCAAUGAUAUUGGAGGCCUGUGGAAAUUCUUGGACCAUGCCGAAGAGGGCAGAGCCAGCAUUUACCAGUCGGUAUUCACCAACUCUUCCAAAGAGAUGAUGUGCUUUCCAGACUUCCCUUAUCCUGAUGAUUACCCCAACUACAUGCACCACAGCAAACUCCAGGAAUACAUAAAGACAUUUGCUCAAAAGAAGAAUCUUUUAAGAUAUAUUCAGUUUGAGACCCUGGUUUCUAGCAUAAAGAAAUGUCCCAGCUUCUUAGUCACUGGACAAUGGGAAGUUGUUUCAGAAAAAGAUGGGAAACAGGAAUCUACUAUUUUUGACGCUAUAAUGAUUUGUUCGGGACAUCACGUAUACCCCAAUCUACCAACUGAUUCCUUUCCUGGCCUACACCAGUUUCAAGGCCACUAUCUCCACAGCAGGGACUAUAAAGACCCGGACGCCUUCAAGGGGAAGAGGGUCCUUGUCAUCGGCCUGGGGAACUCAGGAUCUGACAUUGCUGUCGAGCUCAGCCGUCUGGCUACACAGGUCGUUAUCAGUACCAGAAGUGGCUCCUGGGUCAUGAGCCGGGUUUGGGACGAUGGCUACCCUUGGGACAUGGUGUAUGUUACCCGCUUUGCAUCCUUUCUCCGGAAUGCCCUGCCUUCAUUUGUCUCUGACUGGUUAUACGUGAAGAAGAUGAACACGUGGUUUAAGCAUGAGAACUUCGGCCUGAUGCCUUUAAAUGGUUCCCUGCGAAAAGAGCCCGUGUUCAACGAUGAGCUCCCAUCCCGCAUCCUGUGUGGCACUGUGUCCAUCAAGCCCAAUGUGAAGGAGUUUACAGAGACCUCGGCUGUGUUUGAGGAUGGGACUGUGUUUGAGGCCAUCGACUCCAUCAUCUUUGCAACAGGCUAUGAUUAUGCCUACCCCUUCCUUGAUGACUCCAUCAUCAAAAGCAGAAACAAUGAGGUCACCUUGUUUAAAGGCAUCUUCCCCCCACUAAUGGAGAAGCCAACCUUGGCUGUGAUUGGCCUUGUCCAGUCCCUUGGGGCUGCCAUCCCCACAGCUGACCUCCAGGCUCGCUGGGCUGCUAAAGUGUUUGCAAACUCAUGCACCUUGCCAACUACAAAUGAAAUGAUGGAUGACAUUGAUGAGAAAAUGGGGAAAAAACUCAAGUGUAUGUUCUUUUCUUUCCUCAGGUUUGGCCAGAGCCAGACUUUGCAGACAGAUUACAUCACGUACAUGGACGAGCUGGGCUCCUUCAUAGGAGCCAAGCCUAACAUACCAUGGCUCUUCCUGACUGACCCCCAGCUGGCCUUGGAGGUGUACUUUGGUCCCUGCAGCCCGUACCAGUUUCGACUGAUGGGACCAGGGAAGUGGGAUGGAGCCAGAAAUGCCAUCCUGACCCAAUGGGACAGGACAGUAAAGCCAACCAGGAUGAGAGCUGUAGGGAAAGCUCAGAGACCCCAGCACUUUUAUAAUUUGCUCAGAAUUCUUUCAUUCCCAGUGCUUUUGCUAGCCGUUUGGCUUACAUUUUAUUAG